AUGCCCGCAACCAACGACAAAACCCAAUGGCUCAUCUACGCCAUCGCCUCCGGCGGCUGCGCAGCGCUCAACGGCGUCUUUGCGAAACUCACAACCACGCAAUUGACCACGACUUGGGCGACGGGGAUUUCGCGGUUCUUUGGGAUGGAGGGGCCGAGUGUGGUUGUUGAGGGGGGUGUUCGGGGUUUCUUCUUCGCGAUGAACCUCGCUUUUAAUGCUGUUAUGUGGGGCCUCUUCACGCGCGCCCUGACGCUCGCGAGCAGUACGGUUCGGGUGAGCGUGAUUAAUACGAGUGCGAAUUUUGUGGUUACGGCGCUGUUGGGGGCUAUUAUAUUCUCUGAGGACUUGCCUGGACUCUGGUGGCUUGGCGCCGCUAUGCUCGUCGCUGGGUCGGUGAUUAUCGGAAGGAGGGAGGAGGGAAAGGAUGUUGGGACUGCUGGGACGGCAGGGAGUGAGCCUACGGUGUAUGUGGACGAGCCGGAUGCUCCUCCUCCGAGUCGACGAGAUCGAGAUGGAGCCCAGGGAGGGCGACGACGGAGGGCGCGGUAG